AUGGCGACGAUGACUUCCGCGGCGCUCGCGCCGGUCACGCGCAAGUCCGCCCCUCGCCGCGUCGGGUGCGUGCGUCUCCUCCCUCUCCGUCGCGCCGCGCCGGACCUGAAGCCGAAGAACGCGUUCUUCUUCCCCGGUCAGGGCGCGCAGUCCGUCGGCAUGGCGAAGGAGCUCUGCGAGGAGUGCCCCGCGGCGAAGAAGCUCUUCGACGACGCGUCCGCGAUCCUCGGAUACGACCUCCUCGACGUCUGCGUCAACGGACCCGCGGAUAAGCUCAACUCCACGGAGGUGUCCCAGCCCGCCAUCUACGUCGCGUCGCUCGCGGCGCUGGAGAAGAUGAAGUCCACCGAGGAGGGCGCCGCGCUCAUCGACGCCGUCGACGUCUGCGCCGGUUUGUCGCUCGGCGAAUACACCGCGCUCACGUUCGCGGGCGCGAUGUCGUUCGAGGACGGCGUGAAGCUCGUGAAGCUGCGCGGGGAGUCGAUGCAGGCUGCCGCGGACGCGACGCCGUCCGGGAUGGCGUCCGUGAUUGGACUCAGCGCGGAUAAAGUGAAGGAGGUGUGCGCGGCCGCGUCGGAGCAAACCGGCGGCGAGCCCGUCGAGGUGGCCAACUUUUUGUGCAACGGCAACUACGCCGUCUCCGGCUCGAUCCCCGCGAUCGAUAAGGUGGCGGAGAUCGCGAAGCCGGAGUUCAAGGCGAGGAUGGUCGUCAAGCUCGCGGUCGCGGGCGCGUUCCAUACCGACUUCAUGGCGCCCGCCGCGGAGGCGCUCGCGAAGGGGCUCGAGGCGUGCGAUUUCGUCGAGCCGCGCAUUCCCGUGGUCUCCAACGUGGACGUCGAGCCGCACGGGGACGCGGCGUCGAUACGCGCGACGCUCGCGAAGCAGCUCACGUCGCCCGUGCAGUGGGAGAAGACGAUGACGACGCUGCUCGGCGCGGGGAUGGAGGCGUCCACGGAGGUUGGCCCGGGGAAGGUCAUCUCGGGGAUCAUGAAGCGCGUGGACAAGACCGCGAAGUGCGACAACUUCACGGUGUGA